CACUUUUCCCGCUUAAUGACGCCUUUCCGCCUCCUUCAAACCGGAAUUUCGAAUGACCGGCCGUGAAUCUCGAUGCUCCUCCCCCAAUGGCAAGGUUGUUUAGGUCAGCAGCACUGAAUUGUCGGACGACCAGUCGACAACGCCAUCAACACGUUGAGCGGCAGACUGUGUGGGGAGAGCCUCACAGCUCUGUCUCCAGGCAGCGUGGGGGUUGGGGCUCUGAUGAAGCCCUUUUAGCUAGUUGGUGGAUGUGACGCCAACCGAAUAUGGGAUUACGCAGCUGCGACUCGUGGUUCAAGGGCCUUCAGAAUCCGGCCUCUCCCACUUUAAUACCGAGCUUUGCUGCGCUCACGAAGCAGCGAGCAAGAACAAGCACGUUACUUGGGGGUAAGGUGGGAAGCUUUGGUUUCGGGCCUGGUAUCGACAGCCUGGUACCAUUUUCUCUCCUGCGACGUGUGGUGGACGAUGACGGCCGUUUGUUCUUCUACUUUUCUUACUGCUGGAGUCAGGAAUAGCAUAGGAGUUGUUUUCUUUCUCUCUAUUUAUUAUUAUUAUUAUUGUCUUUUCCCGUGCAGAAAUAUAUGAGUAGCAUGGUGGAUGGAGCGCAUACAGGAACGGGAUGGAGAUGAAGUGACACACCGCAACCAUGGAAGAGGUCCUCCGGAGGGAGGGACAGAGAGCGAGAGAAGGGCAGAGCAAGAGAGAGCGAGUGAGGGAUAGACAGACAGGGCACAAAAUAGGAAUCUAGGGAUAGCAUUGAAAACCUCACAAACUAACUGUUUGACUAG